AUGUUCUUGCAGCAGCAGUAUCGUGAAAAAGGGUUUAAAAAAUACUCUGAAUUAAUAUCUUGUCUUCUUGUUGCUGAACAAAACAACGAGCUUUUAAUGAAAAAUCAUGAAGCUCGCCCUGUUGGUGUUGCUCCAUUCCCUGAAGUGAAUGCAUCACAACACAACCAUUUUGGAAAAGCUCGUGGUCAUGGUCGUGGAAAUGUCCAUGGUCAUGGUCAUGCUCAUAACCUUAAUGGAAAUUUCAAAAACUCAUCUUUUCACCAGAAGUUGAAAAAUUAUAAUGACAAGGGAAAAGGUGGACAAAGUAGCAAAUCAAAUGAGAAUAUAUGUUACAGAUAUGGAGGAAAAUGUCAUUGGUCUCGUUCCUGUCAUAUUGGUGAUUUCUUUGAAGAUCAAAAUGGAAUAAUUGAUCACCUUAUUGGAGAUGGAAUCGUCAAGUAG